UUUAUAUUGAACCGGGACUAUUAUCUAUAUGUACCAUUAGCUAAUAAACACACAUCAAUAUGAAGUAUUUCUACGAAUAUGAGGAUUCUAUGAGGCAGUGCGAAACUUUACUCGAGAAGAAUUUCUCCAAGCUCCGCAAAUAUGAAAAAUGCCAAGAUGAGUCAUUUCUGCUCAAGCGCACGAAAAGGAACGACGUGUACAUAAUUGUGAAAAAGAAACUGGACGCGGUACAGGAAAAUAUUUCCAGUUUGAAAUCAGAAUACCAUAGUUUAACUCGACUCAACUUUAAUUUAAGUUUAUUUCAAUGUAAUUUUACCGAAAAAUACUUCAAGUACUUGGUGCGCCAAGAGGCAUUACGAUUAAAAUUCAUUGAAAUAAUCGACGAGUGUAAACGUAUCAACGCCUCCUUAGAUGAUAUUCUCAAAGACUGCUCCGUUGAAGUGUCGAACGAGCAAUAUUGCAAUCGAAAUCAAUCGAACUGUUUUGACGCUACCUCCGAUCAUUCGAAUGCAGUGUCCGGAUUUGAUUUAUGGUUAUCUGUGCCGAAACUCGAAUGGGACGAAUUUGAGACGUCUUCUUUUUUAAAUGAACUCGCUAAAGAUCUGGUUUCAUCAGAACAGUCAAAUUCAACUAAACUGUGUACUUCUCCUACAGAUAAUGUAUCCAAAUCGGUCGAUUUUUCGUCCCCAGAUUUAAAAGAUAAUCCAGCUGUGAAGAAAUAUUACUCGACGAAGGUUUUAGGAGCCGAGCCAGUGAACGUUUCGGCCUCAUCGGAGCGAAAUGUGGCCUCGAAUCUUGGCCGUUCAUUCUCAUGCAACAUUUGCAGUAGGAAUUUCGCCAACGGAAGUAAUCUAAGAAGGCAUACGAGGAUUUUGCACAAAGGUCUGAAACCAUUCAAGUGCCCCGAAUGUCAUAAAUCAUUUUCAAGGGAGGACUGGAUGAAAAGCCAUGUACUACUGACACACGUUCAACUUCAAAAUCGUUCAAAGUCUCGCCUCGAAAGCAAUAUUUGCGAAAAAUAUUCAUCUCGGAGCGAUCUGAAUUCACACGAAGGAUCAGUGAAAUUGGAACAUGCUUCAAUUGCAACUCCUGCUCCGAAAUUGUUCGAAUAUUCGCCCACCUUUUUGGGAACCAAUGCAAUUAAUAAAAUCGGCUCGGCGAAUCGAGAUAAAGCCGCAAAUCUUGGACAGGCAAUCGUUUGCGGAAUUUGUGGUCGAAAUUUCAAAAGUAAACAUCAUUUGAAUAGACACACGUUUUUGCAUGUAGGUUUGAAACCAUUCGAGUGCGCCGAAUGCGGUAGGUCAUUCUCACAGAAAGAAACUAUGGAAGAACAUGCACGUUUACUUCACAACCCCUAUCACACCAGGCAGUAUAAGUGCGAUAAUUGCGACAGACGUUUUACGUCUCAGAGCAGACUAAAUGUUCAUAAGCGCUUGGCUAGACAUCUUUCCGCGUUUGAACUGCCAUUUUCAUCUCUAGAUAUGCAUGGCGGAAUCACUGUGAAUAAAUGUCACUUGGCUAUUUUUUCCAGUACCAGGAAAGUGAACGAAUCAAUGCCCUGGAACCGAAAUAUACCUCCAAAUUCGAGUCAAUGCGCAGUUUGCGACAUUUGCGGUCGGAUUUUCAGUAGGCCGCAUGAUAUGAGAAAACAUAAAUUUUUGCAUAGCGGUUUGAAGCCAUUCAAAUGCGGCGAAUGUGGUAAAUCGUUCGCAAGAAGAGAAUAUGUAAAGAAGCAUGUACUGCUGACACAUGUUCCUCAUCAGUUGACUCUUGAUUCUCUUAACUAUUGCGCUCAUUGUAAUUAUCGAAGUAAAUUGAUAGAAAACUUAGCCUAUCAUAUAAAACGAGAACAUAUACCGGAUUUGAAUCUUGAAGAUUUUAGCUGCACCCAGUGCGGUAGAAUAUUUGAACGAAACGGUGCCAGAAGACGUCAUGAGAAAAACUUUCAUGCAAAAGGAAAUUUUUAUUGCUGUACGAGUUGCGGUAUGCGAUACAAAUACUCGCGCAGCCUUGCAAGACACUUGGAACGUAAACAGUGUUCAUUUGAAGAGGGAGUAUUUUAGUUUGUCAAUUCGAUUCGUCAGCAUGUCUUAAAUUCCUGUAUAAGUAGUGGAAAAUGUUCUAAACUUGUAUGUAUUGAGUUGUAUUUUAAUGUGGCGAAUGUCAUUGUCGUUGCAUAUACUUUUUUUUCGUUACUUUUUGAGAGUUCAUCAGUGUACCUUUUGUUUUAAGUUUUGUUUUGAUAGUUUCGUGAUUUUGAUUUGCAUCACCAAUUUCACACUGAUGCUAUAGUAUAAGGUUUUUUUUUGGUUUUUGUUUUGUUGAUUCGAAAUAUAAGCGUUAUCUUUCAGUUUUUAAAAAUAA